AUGCUACUGCUGUUGUUCCUGCUAUUGCUGUUGUUCCUGCUACAUCUGCUGUUGUUCAUGCUACAUCUGCUACUGUUCCUGCUACAUCUGCUGUUGUUCCUGCUACAAAUGCUGCUGUUCCUGCUACUACUGCUGCUGUUUCUGUUACAUCUGCUGUUGUUCCUGCUACUGCUGCUGUUCCUGCUACUGAUGUUGUUCCUGCUACAUCUGCUGUUUUUCCUGCUAUUGCUGCUUUUCCUGCUACUGCCGUUGUUCCUGCUACACCUGCUGUUGUUCCUGCUACAUCUGCUGCUCUUCAUGCUACUGUUUUUAUUCUUGCUACAUCUGCUGCUCCUCCUGCUAGAUCUGUUGUUGUUCCUGCUACAUCUGCUGUUGUUCCUACAACUGCUUUUGUUCCCGCUACAUCUGCUGUUGUUCCUGCUACUGCUGUUGUUCCUGCUACAUCUGUUUUUCCUGCUACAUCUGCUGCUGUUCCUGCUACUACUGCUGCUGUUCCUGCUACUGCUGUUGUUCCUGCUACAUCUGUUGUUGUUCCUGCUACAUCUGCUGCUGUUCCUGCUACUACUGCUGCUGUUCCUGCUACUACUGCUGCUGUUCCUGCUACGUUUGCUGCUAUUCUUGAAUACGUCUGAUGUUUCUGCUACUACUGCUGCUACGUUUGCUGCUAUUCUUGAAUACGUCUGA